AUGGCUGCUAUUGAGGUAGAAGGAGUUCUUAUCGAUCGUGGUGUAAAAUUGAGAGACAGAGAGAGAGAGAGUAAUAAGGAAAGCAAGAUAUCAACGUUGGCCUUGACCUCACCCGACGCCCGCAGCCCGCACGCAAUUCGCCGCCAUCAUACCGACAUCUUCACUCGCGCCAGACGGUUGCCAUGUGGUGCAAGACGGUUAUUCCUGGUUUCGUCAAGAGUACUCCGUACUGAUACCCAUGUCUCUGUUGCUUUCGAGACAUCUUCCCCUUCGUCUGAGCUCACGAACAACGUUCCCACCUACCUAGGCCAUGGGACAAUGAGACACCAGUACAAUGUAUUUCACCGAAGACUGGACACAAUCGCGAGACUCGGUGAGACCUCCCGAGCAUGCCAUUGGUCCACUGUCUACCAUGGCGACUGGCUUCCUUGCGGGAACGCCAUCCGAUCCCGACCUUUAUUCGAACCCAACGCGCCAACUCCCUUAUUUUCAUGGCCCAUUCCCAGACUGACCCUUGUCGGCUCUGGCAACCCUGGAUUUGGAAAGCCCUGCUUUGGUACCUGGUCCCAUCUGCCUUAUCAACGAUUCAACGCUUCUACCGGCGGAUAA